GCACACAGGUGCGUCUGGUUCGCGUCUCGCGGCGGCGCUUUCAAAUUGUUUGUUUUAGCAUAAACAGUGUGUUGGAUUCAUCACGCCAAAAAUGUAUCACCGCAGCCAGCAGCGUCCGCACAGUUAAGACCGCGUCCCAAAUAUACCAAGCUGAACAGUGAUGAACAAAACGAGCGACAAUGGAAGAGGGACUGAGCAACUUCAAAGCUCUGAGGGCCAAAUUUCAGGAAGAGGCCCUCUUGGCUCAAUCCAAAACCAGCCGGCCAGCUGUUUCAGAGAAACCGAAACACCUUCUUCCUCCUGGAAGUCACAGCAGCUCCGUGGUCAGCGGUAUUAAUAUUGUCGUAGAAAACAAGACGGUGGUUGUUCCCCAGGUCACCUUCAGAGAUGGGCUGCGGGCAUCUGGAGGCAAGCGACCAAUUUCCUUUCCGCCGCAACCUCAGCACACCUCCCCCCCAUCUCGGCCAGCUCAUGGAGACGGCACAACGAGGCAGUCCUACAAAGACAGACGCAUGCCUCUGGUGCUUCCUGUCCUGCCUGUAAAAGACCAGAAGACGGAGCCGCAAGCCAAAAAGGAGCACAAACUGGAACCGGAGGCGUGGAGAGAAGUCCUGCCGCACACUAAAAUCAAGAAGAAAGGUUUGCUGCUUCCUUUCAAGUCAGCCAAAGCGCCAAAGGUCAGUGCAGAAAACGGAGAGGAGCCGACGUAUGCCGAUUUGACCACCAGGCCUUCUAGCGCCCCCGGUGGGUCGGUGGAAAAACAAACCGCAGAAGAUGGGGCUUCGCUCCAAAGUGACCAAUCGACUGCUGAGCUCUCCCUCUCCAGCCUCGAUAUCACCCCUCCUCCCGCAGAGACGAGUGUCGAUUCCAACAACAAAUUUAUUAGCACCUUGGAGAGAGCCAAGAAGAGGUUUUCACGCCGGCAGAUGUUGAUCUCUGCCAAAACGAAGAGCUUGCGUACUCCUGACUACGUCUCGAGAGACGAGGCGUUGCCUUUGCCGCUGAAGCGUGUCGGUGUACCCGAGCUACCCGUUCCCUUGCCGGUCUGUCUCCCACACAUUGCCUGUCUGUCGGCCCGGCCUUUCUUCAAAGUAGACCACUCUUCACGCAGGCCUGCGCUGGAUAAGCAGUUCGGCAGGGAUAAAUUUCUUCCCUCUGUCAGGACCGGUGAACCUCAAUCUCCCUCUGCUUCUGGAAGGAAGAGGCCUCUACCUGACUUGAGGACACUGGGGCCAAUCCCACCAAAGCCCCCCAGACCUCCACUAGUAGAUCUCAGCUGUUACCACCGACCCACAGUUAACAAGGUGUCGCCAGGUCUUAGCCAAGCACCAAGCGUAGAGCCAGAGGCUGAGCAGCCAUCCGUCUCCCUCUCUGCUCUAGACGCUCCAGAGUUUCCAGACUUUGAGAAUCCGGAGAUGGGAACGGCCCACAGUGAAGCUGUUAACAUUGGUGCGCUGGAGCUGGAGGCCUUUGGCUUAGUCGGCACUGACCUUCCUCUACCAGAGGACUACGGGCUCUUCGGUUGCGAGGAUCCACAACCGGACUUAUCGGUGUGUGAUCCUUUAGAGUCCUGUAUGAGCGUCGGCGUCCAAGAUCUGAACCUUGGCAGUCACAACAUAAUACCCCUCGAUCCAGCCAGCUUCCCUGAACCAAUAAACUUCUCAGCUUUCCCAGAGCCUGCUGUGUCAGAGCAGUGGUCUCAGGGUGAGGAGGUGAUCACAGAUCCUCUCUCUAGCACUCAGGCUGAUGAGACUGAUCCGGGAGAUGCUGAGUCUCACUCUGCCUCACAGGAAAUGGACUACGCACCGUUGCGUGAUGGGAUUCAAUCACAUGCGAGCGUAUCUCAACAGGACAGUUACUACGAAGCGCACGAUAAUGUGUACGAGGAUGUCGAGAAUCCCAACAAAUUAUUCUCGGGCCAGAACUCGCGUAAGCGAAAAGGUGGUCUGAAGAAUCCAUAUGCUGACAACCAACAUAUGGAGGAGUUGUCUCUUCACAUUUGGCCGCGGAAUCCGUGGGGCAGUGUAUCGGCAGAACAUUCGGGCCAUUAUCACGUCCACAGUAAAGAACGCCAAAGUCCUAACAAUGCUGACCUUAAAGAACAGAAGAAGAGAGAAAAGCAGCGACUGGAAAAGGAGAAAAAAGAGCAAAAAGAAAGGGAGAAGAAGGAAAAUGAAAUGAAAAAGAAGUUCAAAGUGACCGGCGAGGAGGAGGCCAUGUACCACGCCAAGGUGACGGUGGCGAGCAAGGUUCGCAAGCAUGACCUGCCGGUGAAGAGCGGGGACACGGUCGGCAUCAUUCGCACCACCAACUGCCCCAAAGGCAGAUGGUUGGCCCGAGACGCCAACCACAAGUACGGUUACAUUUCAGUGAUGAACGUAGAACUAAAUAUCAAAGAGAUGCUGGAACUUGGCAAGAAGGCCCAAGCAGCUGGACGAGGAGGCAACCUGGAGGGAGAUACCAUCAGCAUCGGGAGCAGAUCCUCUAACCACCCUGUACUAACGAGCAGUUUCACAGAUGACAGUGAAGAGUGGGCCUGUGAAGAUGAGACCCUCUCGCCCUCCAGUGAAAGCCAUAGCUGUCCCCAUCAGACGGCCUCACUGCCCGAGAUGUUAUGUGGCCAUGUCAGCGCCCUGCACACUCUGAGCGAUGCCAACCUGGAAGACCUACACACGCAGACCAGACACGAGGCCCUGCAGAAACUCGCCAUCUUCUUUCAGCACCGCAAAGAGGAAUUAGAUAACAUCCCAGAUGGCGGCGGAGCAACCCCUACGAAUGCUGAGCCAUCAAACUUCUUGUGUGGCGUUGAGGAGCCUCCGUACCUAGCUGGAACUGCUUCCUCCCCCGCCGCUAUAUGCCGACUUCUUCUGAUUACCACACCGGCUGAAGGGAGUAACGUCGCCAUGAAGGAUAUCUGCCACCGAGACCAGUCUGCCAUGUAGUUAAAGUGUUUUCUGAUCCUGGUGCAGUGGAGAAAAGAGACGAUUGUGAAUGGAGCUGCGGAUGUGACAACUAUAAUUACUGUUUCACUUAUUAUAUUUCACAUUGUGUUCUACGCUCUUGUGUUCUCUGAUGUUACUCUUAGUGGAGCACAAACUGAAUCAUUGCACUUAAUCCAAAGAGCGAUGACAUAAAGUAGUCACCGGUCACUUGUAAAGCUUACAAUUAAGGAUUUGGUUGUAAAUGUUUUCUUUGCCUUUUCUUUUUCUCUUGUUUCUGUGUUGCAUCUAAUAAAUAUUUGUUCAUAA